AUGACGGUCUACGAAGUCUCGGACGCCUCCGAGUUCAAAUACGACAACCUCGUCGUCGACCUCAACACCUUGGUUUUCAUCCUGUUCUACGACUCAAACGGGGUCAGCAGUCAAGCAAUCUUACAGUGGGUCGAAAAUCUAUCCAAUUCCAUGGAUUGCGCCUCGGUACGAUUCCAUAAAAACGACGUUGUCGAGAGUGAUGAACUUGCGGAGGAGUAUCAUAUCAAGCAUUUCCCAACAUGCUUGUUCUUGAAGGGCGGGCAGGUAGUGGACAAGCUCCAGACGCCGAGGGACGAGGAAGUGGUAAAAGAGGCGGUUAUGAAGAAUCAGGCAUAA